AGAUUAUCAAACUUGACACUCGACAGUAAAAUACAGGAACAACGUCUCCAAAGAAUAUAUCAUCACUUGCUUGUGGACCGGAAAUUAAGAAAUAUAUAUUCAAACAAAAAUCCAAAAAUAUAUAAAUUUUUUACAAAUUUUAUACACUUUGCUGGGAGCUGACGGACUGCAGUUGCAUGAAUCGAAAAAUGGAUCGCAUCAAGAUCGGUGAGCAGUUGUUUUUUCAACGGAGUGACGGCCGUGUCCAUCCGGUGGUUUGCACGGCCAAGAAUCCGGAACUCGAUUCGGUGACCGGCGAAUGGACCGAGGGCACGGUGGUCAAGGGCAAGGAGGUUCCAAUGAGCAUGCUAAUUGGAAUCAACCGCCACAUUUUCGCUGAGAACCAAAAGCCAUCGCCAUUGCCAAAUGCAGCGGGCUCCUUGAUUCCGAAACCAAGGGAAGUGAGUCCACCCGAAGGACCUCCUGAUUCCUUCCGGAAGUCCUAUACCGCGAAUCCCUAUGCAGUGAGAGUUGGGGAACUCCGCAGUAAAAUCCCACCGAGGAAGACGCAAUCUUCUAAUAUGGGAAAUCGUGACCAAGGUGGAGCAGCCACCAGUCGAGUGGUCUUCUGCAAGGCCCCCAAUGAAAGUCCCGCCGAAAGACGCAGAUCCCAAGGACCUCCAAACGCAAGUAACAACAAUCCACGUUGCUCCAGUGUCGUGAGAGAGGUGAAUCGCAUGAAGGAGGAGCGGGAGAAGCGAAGGGCUCGCCAGGCGGAGCAGAUGCAGGAGAAGGAUGCACUGCGUCGCCAGGAUCCGGGGAAUCCCAACUGGGAGGUGGCGCUCAUGCUGCGCCAGUUCCGGGAAACCCUGCACUGCCCCCUAAGGAGCCUGGAUCCCCAUGGAGCUUUCACCCAACAAAUCACGGUUUGCGUGAGAAAGCGACCCAUGAGUCGCAAGGAGGAACACACGAAGAACUUGGACAUCAUCACGGUGCCAAAUGCCGAUACCAUUAUCGUUCACGAGUUGCGUCUGAAAGUGGAUCUCACCAAGUUCCUGGAGCAUCACAAGUUCCGUUUCGACUACACUUUCGAUGAGGAGUGCUCCAAUGCGCUGGUUUACGAGCACACAGCUCGUCCUUUGAUCAAAACCAUGUUCGAAGGAGGAAAUGCCACUUGCUUCGCUUAUGGACAAACGGGCAGUGGAAAAACCCACACGAUGGGCGGAGAAUUCUGCGGAAAGGUGCAGGACUGCGGAACUGGCAUCUAUGCCAUGGCAGCUCGGGAUGUUUUCGAAGAGGUUUCUCAGCCGGAAUACCGUGAACUGGGAGCCAAGAUCACUUGCAGCUUCUUCGAAAUCUACGGCACCAAGGUGUACGAUCUUCUGCUGCCGAAUAAACCGCUUUUGCGGGUCCUCGAAGACGGAAGACAGCAAGUUGUGGUCGUGGGUUUGACGGAGAUGCCGGUGACCAAAGUGGAGGAUGUUCUCAGACUGAUCGAGUUGGGCAACAAGGAGCGUACUUCCGGUCAGACCUCAGCGAAUGCCAAGUCAUCGCGUUCCCAUGCUGUCUUUCAAAUGGCCCUCCAUUUGCCGGAUUCCUGGGGUCCCUUUGGCAAGUGCUCCUUUGUGGACCUGGCGGGAAACGAACGCGGUGCGGAUACGCAAUCUGCCGAUCGGCAAACUCGACUCGAAGGAGCGGAGAUUAAUAAAUCCCUGCUGGCCUUAAAGGAAUGCAUUCGAGCUCUUAGUCGGCAGUCGAGUCAUCUUCCUUUUCGUGGAUCCAAGCUAACACAAGUUCUGAGGGACUCUUUCGUUGGUGGCAAGAAGAACAAGACCUGCAUGAUUGCCAUGAUAUCGCCAUCCAUGAGCUGCGUGGAGCACACCCUAAAUACCCUACGUUAUGCGGAUAGAGUGAAGGAACUGGAGGCCAAAGAAGACGAUACUCUACAAAUUAAUCGUGACGGAAUCAAAAACCCCGAACUCAACGACGAAUCCGAACCCGAAAUUUACAUUGAAGAUGAGGAGGAGGAGUAUCAGGAUAAUGGAGACGAACAAUAUCAGCACAUAACCAUAUCCUCUGAAGAAGAAAACGCAAACAUUCAGGAAAAUAACAAUCUUAGGGAUAGAUUUCAUUCCGUUUUAAACUUAGCUGGACAAGUGAACUCCACUCUAAAUUUAAAUCUUAUCAAAAGCAAUCCGAACAUUUUGAAGAACAAUGUGGAACUCUCUUUGGUGGCCGAACAGCACGGACUUUUGAUAGAAUAUCUGGAGAAUUUUAUUCAAAACUUCCAUCACUUAGAUGAGGAAGGGGGAUUCGAAGGGUACUUACAAAAAUCAAAUGAUAUGUUCCUGGAAUUAGCUUCUUUAGUGAAUUAUACAAAGGAUAUGGUAAUUCAUUUCAACGCCCGACGAUUCAAUAGUGACGUGAUUUCAAAAGAAGCAGACUCGAAUGCAAAUGAAAACGAUGAACAGCAGGAAAACUAGAAAAAUUAAUUUCUACUACCCCAAUUAUAUUUAUUUUGUACCACUCCGUUCAUUUUUAUUUGAGAACGGCUCAAAUUUCGAUUCGAUAAACAAGCAGUUAAUGAAAAUACACGAACAAAUCUAGUUGUAUUUUUCUCACGCCACACUGCACUCAAGUUUCACUUGAACUCGCCGAGGUAAAAUAAAAACUUCUCCCCGUC